AUGAGGAAUCAAUCAGAUGUAUUCGAGCUGCAGAACAUUAUUGUUGGCCAACAGCAGAAGCUUCAAUGCGUCAUGCUCGAAAAAAAAAUUGUGCCUGCUUUACCAAUCAGCAUUAAUGCAUUGGCAGAUUAUCUUGAUCAAAACCCAGAGCGUUACACUUGUUGUGAACAAGCGUUUUAUCAAGAUCGAACUGUAGAUAAUGAUGGUAAAACAACAAAUAUAUUUGGAUGUACAUCACUUAUCAGUGAUGUUGUAAGUCAAGGAGGAAACGAAGUUCAUGCUGAUGCAACUUUUAAAGUUACACCAGCCACGCCACAGUCUCGACAACUUUUUAUUCUGCACAUAAUUGUUCAAAAUCAUUCAAUACCCAUAAUCUACGCAUUGAUGGAGUCCAAGACGGAAGCAGCAUACACUUUAUUGCUUACAAAAUGUAAAGCUUUAUUUCCUUCCAUAAUACCUAAUUGUGUGAUGACAGAUUUUGAGACAGCUUUGCAAAAUGCAUUUUUAACUGUUUACCCUGAAACUGUUGCACAUGGUUGCUGGUUUCACUAUGUCCAGGCAUUAAUAAAAAAUGUUAAAAGACUGGGUCUAGCACAAUACGUGAAGGAUAACGUACAAGCCAAGAUCUGUUUAAAAAUGUGCGCUGCUUUAGCAUUAUUGCCGGUGAACAAAAUUGACGAAGGUUUUCAAUUAAUACGUCGCCAUGCCAUAGAUAAUAAUGUUAGAUUUGCUACAUUUUUUAACUAUUAUUCAAACUAUUGGCUACGGAACAGAGGACCUGAAGUUUUUUCUGUUUAUGGUUUACCUAGAAGAACCAACAACAAUGUUGAAUGCUUUCAUUCCCAAUUGAAGGAAAAAUUCCAAAUCCUUCAUCCUAAUUUAUGGACGUUUUUAGAACACUUGAAAAAUUUGAGCAGCAAGUACCAUGUGACUGUAAGACAACUAGCACUAGGACAGAGAAUAUCUCGUGCUGUUAAAAUUAAAUAUUUACUAAACUCUGGAAGAAUUUUAAAAUCUACUCAACAAUUGGAUCUUGGGCAUAUUACAUUAAAAGAAUUUUUACUACAAUGCUCACACAGUGCAGAACGUUAUAUCCGUGAAGAAAUGAACUGGCACAUAAAUGUAGAACAAGGUGUAAUAGAAGAAAAUGAAGAUGAAAUAGCUGUAAGAGUAGAAGAUCAUCAACCAGAGCUUCCUGUAAACAUAGUACUUCCUGAAAACCCUGAGCCAGAAGAAGUGCAUGAAUGGGAUGAAAGGGAUUUUUUUAUUCCCGAAGAUUUGGAGUUAGUUAGAUGGCAGGAAGAAUACGGAAAUGAUGAAUAUCCAGAUAAUAUUCCUUAUGUCCAAAUUGAUCAAACUCUUCAAGUGAAUCUUCAUAAUGAAGAAACAAUUUGUGUUGUGUGCAGGGAUGGUGCUAGGUCUCAUGCAUCUGUACCUUGUGGACACAGAGUAUUGUGCGCAGAUUGCGCAGACCAACUACGUACUAAUCGAUGUCCAAUUUGUAAUAGAGAGUCCACCGGUGUCAUUCGCAUUUGGCAAUAG